AGAUAGCCUGUCAAUGCCAUCCACCGCGAUCAUCCUGUGGCAGAAGCGGAAAUCACGUGGCUUCUCAGGUCUCGCGCCAAGACGCGCCUUGGCAUUUACCGCCAGGGACUUGUUCAUCACCUGGGAAGACCCUCACCAAUAUCCUCCCUCUCACACAUCUCUCUUCUCUUUCGAUUUCUCACCCAAAGCAGCACCCAGAGUGCGACAAGACUUGAAACCUGCGCCGCAAUGCGGAAUAACAUCAUUCCAACACCCAGCGGAUAGACUGGCGCCUGCUCAGUCUUACAGAAGGACGGGCCGAUGAAAUUACCCAAACAGUAACCGGUCAACACCAUUGCGUUGACGGUGAUUUUUUCGGGUGGCCCGCGGUGUUUGCUGUUGAGGCAGACAUACAGAGCGUCCACGAAGCUAUGUACGCGAACGAAAUUCAGAGGCAGGCAAGGCCGCCGUAUGGGUUGGAUUCGGCGAUUAGCCAUAGGCCUAGCACGCCAGCGAGAAAGGGGAUUAUACAUAGGAUCAUGAUAAGUAGGCACGCGUUGGGGUAGUGCGAGGCGAUGAAGCUACAGGCGUCCGAAGGUAAGUAAGCUCUGGAGAGUCUGUGCUGGACUGGCAGAGGGGCCGGAGGGCUUACCAGGCCAAAGGACAUAUGACAAGCUGCACUGCACCGGAUGGCAUGGAUAAGAGUCGUGCGUAGGCUGCUGAAGCCCAUGCCACGGAUGAUGAGUCCUUGGAACUGAGAAACUCGUCAGCAAUGUCUUAUAUCCAAAGAUGGAUCAAAAAGGAGCCGUCCUGUGGGUGAAUACAGGGAGAGAGCCAUAGUAUGUACCGUGUUCAAAGACCCGGACUACGAAGGAACUACUCGGCCAGGACCUCGGACUCAGGAUAGACUUAGUUGCAGUGUGCUCCAAGUGACGUGUCUCUCUCUUCUGGACCACAGCGAACGUAUACCUGCAAAAACAGCAUUUGACUCCAAUAUACCUCAUCCUUUUCAUAAGUCUCAUUCAUGCACAAACCAGACCAACUAAGAAUACUCAAGAUAUCGCCUUCAACACGUAUCCGAACGACUCAUCCAGAAUCCUCAACCCCUCCUCAAUCUCCUCCGCCGUAACCAUGACCGGUGGAGCAAGCCUGAACACGCCCCCCAUCCGCGGAAGAUUAACCACAUUACACGACAAACCCCGCGCCAUCGCCCGAUCCGACACUUGCUGCCCAAGCUCCGAACCGGGCGCCCGCGUCUCGGCAUCCGAAAUGAUCUCAAUCCCCUGGAGGAGCCCCCGCCCCCGGACAUCGCCAAUGCACCAGUACUUCUUCUGUAGCUUCAGGAGCCCCUCGCGGAGCUGCGCGCCUCGCUCGGAGGCCCGUUGGCAAAUGUUAUCCCGUUCUACGAUCUCUAGGACUUUUUUCCCGACGGCUGCGGUGAGCGGGUCGUUGAGGUGUGUUGUCAGCCAGAGGAAGCCGGCCUCGUGACAGCCGCGCUCGAUUUCGACGGUUGUGCUGACGGAUGCGAGGGGGAGGCCGCAGCCGAGAGUCUUGGAGAGGGCAAGGAUAUCAGGCACGAUCUCGUCGUACUCGAACGCGAACAUCUGGCCCGUCCGCCCGACGCCCGUCUGCGCUUCGUCCAUGAUGACCAGCAUCCCGCGCUUGCGACACUCGUCGACCAUGCGCUUGAAGUACCCCUUGGGCGGAUCGAGGAUCCCGCCCGUCGAAAGGAUCGGUUCCAUGAUGAAUGCUGCAAGAGAACCCACACUCUGCCGGUCGAUCAUCGACCACCCGAAGUCCAUCUCGGCCUCCCAGUCAUAGGACCCGUCGGGCUUGCGAAAGUGCGAGCGGUAGGCGUAGGGGGCCGGGAAGGCGAGCUGGCCGGGCAUGCAUGGUCCGCCGCGUCGGCGACCAGCCGAGUACGUGGCUGAUCCAGACCCCUGGGUGAGCCCAUGGUAGCUAGCGGCGAAUGCGACAAUUUCAAAGUUGCCCGUGUACAGUUUGGCCAUUUUGAUGGCUGCUUCGGUGGAUUCGGAGCCUGUGUUUAGAAAGAAGGAUUUCUCCAGUGGGCGUGGGAGGAAGCGCGCGAGGCGCUCGGCCAGGUCGACGACGGGGUGGGUGAUCAUGUUGCUGAGGAGGUGGUCGAGCUCGGCGACGUACUUUUUCACGGUCUCGACGAUCUCCGGGUGCGAGUGGCCGAGGAGCGAGCUCAUCUGGCCGGAGGUGAAGUCGAGGACUGAGCGGCCAUCUUCGGUGUACAGGCGGGUGCCUUGAGCCUUUGUGAUGACGACGGGGGAGUAUGGAACGCCGGUGGACAUGAGGUACUUGUCGGCCUUUGCGAAGAAGGCGACGUCAUUGUCGGUAGAGCCCAUGUUGUGUAGGAUAUGUGGGAUGAUGAGAGGGACGGGGAGCUGUGUGCGAGCAUGUCGAGGAUAACUUUAGAGAGCAUCUUAAAUAUGAAGAGGGGAGGGGCAUCGAGGGGCAUAUUGAGGGCUGAUAACAUACCUACUCUCCGCGCAAACCCCCGCGGUCAGUCUGGCCUAUAGCUGUUGAGUAUUGGGCCCACCACUUGGCCGCGGCAAACCCUGUGGGCUCUCCAAUCCAAUGCUAACUCUGAAUAUGUUGAUGCUGAUUGGAGCACUGCCCUGAUAACGGACCACCUUUUGCCGUGGAAUCCCCCGCGAGAGCCAGUCUGCCCUCCCCUCCUUCUCUCUUCACAGUACCUGCUGCCCUACCAACUCCCACCAUGCAGCCGGAUAACAAUCCUCAGCCAGAAGGUCGCCCGUACCGGUCCCACCUCCACCCAGCCUGCUUGCCAUGCCGGAAACGCAAGUCGCGCUGCAAAACCCGGACCCUCGGCGAAGUAUGCGCUAUGUGCCUGGCGUACGGGACCGAGUGCAUCUUUGCGCGACCCGAGCAGCAAAGUUCGCCGCGGAGACUGGCGCCGAAUGCGCGGUCGUCUAGGUUCUCGCAGAACAGGCAGGAGAUAUUGCACAGGCCGUAUCCGACUCCCAGUACGAGUCGGAACUACCCGGUGUCGGCGGGUAUAGCGAAUACUCGGAGCGAGCAGCUGAAUUGGCGGGCAUGUGGGACGGAAGGCGAGAUUCCUCAUCUUAUGGGGAUUGUUUCCGAGGCAGAGGAUGACAGCUCGCAUAUCGUGAGCCCGGCGGUUGCAGAUGAUAAUGAUAUUCUCGAGAGUUAUCUUUCGGCCAUUCCGUCGUCGCGAAAACGGUAUUUGAUUCGCACAAGCUCCAGCUCAGACGGGCAUCUCAGGCCCGUGCGGUUCAACCUGGUCCCUCGACGGCCGCUGGGAGUCGUUGCGAACCAGUCGCUUGCGGCCGCAAAAUGCGAGAUUAUUGAAAAGUACAUGGGCCCUGAUCUCGAUGAGUACCUAAACCUGUACUUCUUCAAAGCCAAUCCAUGCUUUCCUCUAUUCGACGAAGCUUCGUUCCGAGGCUCAUAUUCUCUACACAAGAACAAGAUCUCGCCUGCGCUACUCUCCAAUUUGUAUGCCAACUCUCUCGUGUACUGGAAGAGUUCACCUAGAUUGGCUUCUGGCCGCACACCUGACAUUCGCUAUAUCUGGAACCAAGCGAACGAAGCGCUGCAUUCAGAGAUGUUUCUCUCACCCGGGAUUCCGACUAUAAUGGCCAUUCUCAUCAAUGUUUGUGGCAGACCAAGUACGUCGAUCUUUGGGAAUGGAGGUAUGGUCGGUAUGGCCGUUGGGCUGUCAAAUGCCCUGGGCCUCAACCGCGAUCCGUCAGGAUGGAGCAUAUCGCCUUUAGAGAAGAGCUUACGGAUCAGGAUCUGGUGGCUCGUCAUUGUACAUGAUCGAUGGUGCAGUUUGGCAUACGGCACACCGCUGCAAGUGCAUCGAGCACAGUACGAUGUCCCAUUGCCCUCGGUGGAUGAUAUCUGCCCUCACCCUUGUAGUCCCCGCGAGAAAGCCGCUGCAUCUGUCUUUGUGGCCUUGACGACCCUAACAGAUGUACUUGCACACUACCUCGAACAUGUCUAUAGCGUUUCCAGGACCUUCCAACCCAUCAGCCUGUCCGAAGCAGACCUGGAGCAAAUCAUCCGCGACUGGGAGGAGUCACUCGGCGACGACGUCCGUCACCUCGUCCUGAGAGGAACCAAGCUUGACAUCCCUGGUGCCGCCAACUUCCGACUCGCGUAUCUCUCCGUCAACCUCCUUCUCUACCGCAUCCAGCUCAACAUGAACAAGAGCUCUCUCCAGGUUGAAGAUGGCACGCUCUCGCUAUUUUACAUGCAUGCACAGCGAGCCGCCGAGGAAAUCGCCUACCUGGUGCAGGAACUGGACGAAGCGCAGUGCAGUGGAUUCUGGAUCCCCGUGCACGCCUUCUCACUGACCUCGGCAGCAAGUUUUCUCCUUCGGAGCGGGCUUCGGAUGAAAAGUAGAGGCCGCAAUACGCCGCUAAAGAUUGCGCGAGACAUGGUCAAUGCACUGCAGGCCCACCGGCAGAACUUUGAUUGGGAUCUGGCAGAUAACUGCCUGACGUCCUGUGGCGAGCUGCUCGACCGGAUUGGUGCGGCGGAGAGUGAUAGUGGGGUCGCUGCUGCUCCAGCCUCGGAGUUUCCGGGAAUUCCUGAAGAUCUGGAGAUUGACCCGGCUCUGCUGGAGGAGCUUUUCGGUACGACGGGCUUCUUGGAGGGGGCUGAGGCCUGGUAGUCUCGGAUUCAUCUUUUUUCCUGCUUGAUCGAAUCGAACUGCCAAUCACUUUUCUUAAUGCACCGUACACCUUUGCUUUCUGAGUGGAAUCACGCUAGCGGCCGCUCCUGGUCAAUUCUUCAAGGC